UCCCGGCUCUUGAGCAGGGUAGCUGCUGAGGAGGUGGUGCGGCGGGCCCGGGAGGCCGAGGUUCGGGCGGGGCGGCGGGAGAGGCUGGCAGGCGGCGCCGGCAGCGUGGGGAGAGCGGCGCCGCGGGCUGGGCGCUCCGGGCGAGAGGAGUCCGCUCCAUGCGUGCGGGCCGAGGCCGGCCCCUGCGAGCCGCAGACAUGAAGAAAGACGUGCGGAUCCUUCUGGUGGGAGAACCUAGAGUUGGGAAGACAUCACUGAUUAUGUCUCUGGUCAGUGAAGAAUUCCCAGAAGAGGUUCCUCCCCGGGCAGAAGAAAUCACCAUUCCAGCUGAUGUCACCCCUGAGAGAGUUCCAACGCACAUUGUAGAUUACUCAGAAGCAGAACAGAGUGAUGAACAACUUCAUCAAGAAAUAUCACAGGCUAAUGUUAUCUGCAUAGUUUAUGCUGUUAACAACAAGCAUUCUAUUGAUAAGGUAACCAGUCGAUGGAUUCCUCUCAUAAAUGAAAGAACAGACAAAGACAGCAGGCUGCCUUUGAUAUUGGUUGGGAACAAAUCUGAUCUGGUGGAAUACAGUAGUAUGGAGACCAUCCUUCCUAUUAUGAACCAGUACACAGAAAUAGAAACCUGUGUGGAGUGUUCAGCAAAAAAUCUGAAGAACAUAUCGGAGCUCUUCUAUUAUGCACAGAAAGCUGUUCUUCAUCCUACAGGGCCCCUGUACUGCCCAGAGGAGAAAGAGAUGAAACCAGCCUGUAUAAAAGCCCUUACUCGUAUAUUUAAAAUAUCUGAUCAAGAUAAUGAUGGUACUCUCAAUGAUGCUGAACUCAACUUCUUUCAGAGAAUUUGUUUCAACACUCCGUUAGCUCCUCAAGCUCUAGAAGAUGUCAAAAAUGUAGUCAGAAAACAUAUAAGUGAUGGUGUGGCUGAUAGUGGAUUGACACUGAAAGGUUUUCUUUUUUUACACACACUUUUUAUUCAGAGAGGGAGACAUGAAACUACUUGGACUGUGCUUCGACGAUUUGGUUAUGAUGACGAUCUGGAUUUGACACCCGAAUAUUUAUUUCCCUUGCUAAAAAUACCUCCUGAUUGCACUACUGAAUUAAAUCAUCACGCAUAUUUGUUUCUCCAAAGUACUUUUGACAAGCAUGAUUUGGAUAGAGACUGUGCUUUGUCACCUGAUGAGCUUAAAGACUUGUUUAAAGUUUUCCCUUACAUACCUUGGGGGCCAGAUGUGAAUAACACAGUUUGUACGAAUGAAAAAGGCUGGAUAACCUACCAGGGAUUCCUUUCCCAGUGGACGCUCACGACCUAUUUAGAUGUGCAGCGGUGCCUGGAGUAUUUGGGUUAUCUAGGCUAUUCAAUAUUGACUGAGCAAGAGUCUCAAGCUUCAGCCAUCACAGUAACAAGAGAUAAAAAGAUAGACCUUCAGAAAAAACAGACUCAAAGAAAUGUGUUCAGAUGUAAUGUAAUUGGGAUGAAAAACUGUGGGAAAAGUGGAGUUCUUCAGGCUCUUCUUGGAAGAAACUUAAUGAGGCAGAAGAAAAUUCGUGAUGACCAUAAAUCAUACUAUGCAAUUAACACUGUUUAUGUAUAUGGACAAGAGAAAUACUUGUUGUUGCAUGAUAUCUCAGAAUCGGAAUUUCUAACUGAGGCUGAGAUCCUUUGUGAUGUUGUGUGCCUGGUAUAUGAUGUCAGUAACCCUAAAUCCUUUGAAUACUGUGCCAGGAUUUUUAAGCAACACUUUAUGGACAGCAGAAUACCUUGCUUAAUCGUAGCUGCAAAGUCAGACCUGCAUGAAGUCAAACAAGAAUAUAGCAUUUCACCUACUGAUUUCUGCAGGAAACACAAAAUGCCUCCACCACAAGCCUUCACUUGCAGUACUGCUGAUGCCCCCAGUAAAGACAUCUUUGUUAAAUUGACAACAAUGGCCAUGUACCCAGAGGAUCAUUACAGAGACAGACUCUCCCGAGACAUGGGCAACACUGAUAGAAUAGAGAAUUUGAGAAAAAUCUGGGUCUUUCUAAAAACUGCUUUCCAUGCCCGGUUACGCUGUAUGUGCACCUGCAACAGGUGUACAUUUUGCAUCUGUCAGAACUUCCUCAACUCAGACUUGCUGCAAUCUGUAAAGAACAAAAUCUUCACUGCAGUUCUUAACAGCUUUAGUUCUGCCCUUUAGAACAACAUACGACUAUUCUACUCCCUCUUCAACAUAGCCUUCAGACAUUUGAAGACGGCCAUCAUGUCUCCCCUAAAUUUCUCUUCUCCAGGUAGAACAUCCCCAUUUCUUUCAGCCUUUUCUUAAAUGGUUUAGUGACUUCAUCAUUCCUGGUUUUCCUCAUCUGAAAGCCCCUUAGUUGUUCAGAGUACCUCUUAAAAAGUGCCACUGAGAAUGGAGAACAGUGCUCCCGGUGUGAUCUGACUAGUCCAUAACGGUGGGUGGUCAUAUUCCACAGUUAGGACAGCACCUGUCUACUGCAUGAAUUAACUUUUUAGCAGCCCCAGCCCACUGUUGAUGCAUAUUAAUCUUGGGGUUGAAAUCAGAUUUUUUCAUACAAGUGCUAUUAAGGCAGUGUCCCCUCCUCUCUGUGUAUUUGACAGUUUUAGUUGGCUCUUUGUAUCUAAAUGCGGAUACAUAUAUAUCUCUAUUGAGUGUCAUAUUCUGCUUUUUGAUCCAUUGUUCUAGCUCAGUCAUUUCAAACAUUAUUUCUGUCAUUUGUCCCAUUAUAUAUAUUUCUCGGCAUUGUGUUAUUUGCAAAUUUGGUAGCUGUGUCUUCUUUAUCUUUCAAGUUAUUGAUUAAAAAAUAAUGUUGAAUACCCAGAGAUUAGAGAGCGAGAUUGCUCAAGCAAGCAAGCCCUUUAGUGCUCCACUAGAGAACUCUUCCCAGUGACACAGAUUCAGAAUUCUUGGGGAAAGAUUAUUCUGUCAAUUAAAAAUAUUUUAUUAUCCAGCCCAUGUUGUAUCUUACUGUCUUAUAAGAGAUUUCCUGGAGGGCUCUUUUGAAAUCAAUAUAAUUUCUACCACAUUCCUCUGAUCCACCAAUGUAUUAAUUUUAUCUAAAUAGAAAGUGACAUCUAUUUGGUGUCUUAUUCUUGGUGAACUCACCUUGGCUCCUAGUAAUUGCUGAUCGCAAACCAUCAGUUUUAUUCUAGAAGCUCUUGAUCGUCCAUAAUUGCAGAUUGAUUCGUUGUCUGCAUCUUUAGUGCCAAUUUUAGUUUUAGGUUGGUUUAGUCAGCUUCCCAAUGAAAUAGGUUGGGUGUGCAUUAAUGGAUGAGAUUGCUCAUCAUAAAUUACUCUGUACAGUGAUCCUCGAAGAGAAAUCAGUCCAUUUUGUCAUAUCUAAUUAUAAGCUAGAAAUAAUUUAAUGGUAAUGUCAGCAUACAUCACUGAUGUCUGGUAAUCAAGAAGGAAAGAAUGAAAAAGAUGAGGAGGAAAACCAGCAUACUUUUCAGAGAACUCCUUCCUCUUCCCUGGUAGUAUUUCAAUAAAUUAUUUUAUAGAAGUCCAGUGGAAAUUUAGGAGCUCUAUAUUGAAGUUUCUUCUAAUUCACAAAAGGAUUAUAGAUGAGGUAGGUGAGGAUGGAGGCCAAAAACUUAAGUACCUACAGGGUCUGGAUGGAUAAUGUUAAUGAAUGAAGGUGGCCAAGGAGAAGAAAUAAGAGAGGUGGGAGCUACGACAGGUCCUGUCUGCAAGAGGCAGCCACCACUCAGCUCUGGCUGUUGGUUAUUGUGCAAGCGUGGUAUCGCCAGGACUUCUGAUUCUCUGAGACACUAGAAGUCAGGAUUUUUUAGGUAAAAUUUCCUGAUAUUUAAGUAAAGGCAAUUAAAUUUUAAAAAUCUGAAGUACUAAUCAGAACAAAGAAAGCAUGUUUACAGGCCACCAGUUUGCACCUUCAGUCUUAAGACAUAGCCUAAAGUUGUGAAAAUGCAGGCCAGAAAAAGGUGCACCUGAGGAAGGAAAAUGUCUCUUACAAACACCUCCACAUACAGUUUUACUCCUUUCUCUUUAAUAACUUGAAAAAGUAAUGGGGUUGGUGGGGUGAGAAUGGAACCACUUUCCCUACCGUGUCUUGGGUUUUGGCAACCUUUUGGUGGUUGGUCACCACUGGUUUGCUGUGCUAGGUGUAUCUUAAUGUUACAUAAACAGAGAAAGGAUUCACUAAUUGAGUAAAAGUCAUAUAAGAAUUUUUCACUGUAAUUCAAUAGGGACGAUUCUCACUCAACAGUAAGUCUUAAGUCUUCUCAUUUUAGAAAUCUGCUGUGCCUAGCGUUUGAUUUAGAAGUAUAAAUGAGCAGUUUAAAAUUUUUUAUUUAACCGAAAAGUUUUGUAAAAUGUCUGCAAAGAAAUUAAUAGACAAAUAUUGGUACAUACAUGUUGGUCUCAAAUUAGUACAUUGUUUUAGCAUGCUUGUAAAAAUUUUGAUCACCAAAGUAGAAACUACUUCCAGAGAUAAUACAUGUUUGGUGCCACGUUCUCCCCUUAUGUCAUCCUCCUACCACUUUGAUUUAUUCAUCCAAAUACUUAAGUACCUGCUUUAGAUAGGAUCCUGCUGUGAGCUGGGGCAAAAUAUCAAGAUGAAGAAGAUACAGACCUGUGUUUAAAUACCUUUCUAAAUAUUGUGUUAAAUUUUUUUUUUAACUUUUGGUUAUAUUUUCAGUGACCUUAGUGCCCUAUGCUAGCAAAGGAAAUGCUGUAACCUGAUCAUGAGAGGAUCUAUGCCAAAUUAAUUAAUUUAUUCUUACGCAAUUUCAACAGUUCCAACAUUUCUGAAAUUGUCCAUUUUUCCCCAUCUGUUUUUGACCAGAAAAGAUUGUCUUUAUUUUUUUAGCUUAUUUACUGACACUAUGUAUUUUAAGUAGAAAGUAGUAAUAAAAAUUUUUUUCUUUCCAGUUUAAUUGAAUGUAUAUUCAACAUGUGAGAGAAGUGUUUAACUACAUAGCUGACGUGUGACUUUGUUCUUUGGUAAUUAUGGUCUCAGCCUUUAGAUCUGGAUAGGUUUAUGUUUUUCUUUGGAAUAAUUUAUGAAUAGCUGGAAUUAUUUGAAUUUAAAUACAUUUGGAAGAUUAUUAACCUGUGGCCAGGUGAUUUUAGUCUCUGGCAAUGCUUUCAUUUCAAAUAGUGAAAAUCAUGUUAUUGGAGAAAAGUACCUUUUGAUUAUAUUUUAAUUAUAAAUACCUCUUAAAUCUGAAGGUGUUAAAAUGAUUAUGUAGGAGUGGGCUUGAUUGUUGGUUUGAACUACCCAGGAUUUUAGUUUAUUAAGUAUUUAUUAUUCUGACUUUAGAACACUCCUGCUUUGCAUGAGGAUGUCACUGUACUGUAGUGUGUGUGCACUUUAAUUUGUCCCUUCCUUUAGGUGUUCAUUUUCAUUUGUUUGCCUGUGCCACUUAGUCAUUUUUUAACUCCUCUUGAGCCGUUUCCCAGCUGUGUUUCAGUGUAUAAUCCUCCCAUUUUUCCUAACCUAUAAUUUAAUCAAAUUGUUUAUUUUACGAUUUAUUAUUUUGGUGUGGUUUUCUCUGAUGCAUAUCUUGGUUUUAGUAUUUCUUUCACCACAUUUUAGUACUUGGAUUAGCCGUAUAGGUUAUUUGUUCAUGUUACUUCUUAAGUUUGGUAACAGCAUCUUACUUUAGCAACAAAAUGUGUAGUUCACACUGAGUAUUUACCGAGACGCAAAGGUAUGAUGGACAAGUCAUCAUACCCAUUGUAUUUUUUAUCCUGUUUAUUAAUGUAUUUUUAAAAAUUGGAUAUAUGUGACAUUUAUUUUAAUCUGUUCUUUAACGACUCACUUCAUUUGCCCAUAUUACUUUAAUAAUCACCUAAGUUCCUCCUUCACAUUGUUUGAAAUCAUGUUACUUAAUAUAGGAGCCCUGUUUUUGAAGAAAGGACUUCACUGUUGUCACGCUAAAAUGAACUGUCUUUUCACAGGAUUGCUUUAUGAAGAGGAUAGUUUCGUAGAAAUCUUAAUGCUAUAGAGAUUCUGUAGGGAAUGUAAGAGUUCUCAGGAUAUUACGUUACAGUAAAAUAUUGUAUUUUAAGGAAGUGCAUCCUCUGUUUUAAUUUCAUAUGAAACUUCUGUGUUCAUAUGAAAGGUCCUUACAAGGCUUUUCUUUGAAUUUGGAUACAUAUACAUAGUCAUACGUUUAAAAUUAUAUGAGAGCUUGUGUUAUAGAUUCUCUUCAAGUAAGCUGCUGCUGCUUAUAAAUUAAAAAAUUUUUGCCAUUUGGUUUAGUAUAUUAAAGGACACAACAGGAUGGAGUUUGCCUAUUCUGACCUUUAAGUAUCUGUAGUUAACAUGUAGAAGACAUUAUGUGUUUCCCAUGUAUCUACAAUCAUCCAUGAAUUUUUAUUCUUCUAAUGCUUGGUGAAGCAUUUCUUGACAUUGAUGCACACCUAUGUCCUUUUCCUAAGUAUGUUACUGUUUAGGCAUGCUCAGUUAACAGCUUUCGUAUGAUUUGUGUUAUAGUUCAUCUUUGUUGGACACUGUGGUUUUAUUUCUUAACCUAUUUCGAGAAAUAGCUUAUUAAAAUGUUUCAUGCCUACUAGUUCAAUUAGAAUUGUCAUUGUUAAAAUUAUUAUUAGCAGUAAUGGCAUUAUUAUUGGAGGUAAAUAUGAAAAAAUACUUCACCAGGUGGCAGAAACAAAAAGCAGGGAGAGGAUAACAUUCCCUUUAUUAUUGGUUAAAUACACUGAACCAAUAAAGAUUUUAGUUCAUGUUCUUAUAUUUACCAUAAAUUGUAGUUAAUCAAAGCAUUUUGUAUGCCUUCUUUAAGGCAUUCUGUGCAAAGGUACAUAGGAAUUUUUGUCUGUUGUUAUAUGCCUAUGUGACCUUCACACAAAGUUUUUAAUGUGCCUCUUUAUUGCCUGAAUUUUGAAACAUUAUCUUCUCUCUGCCUUGUUAAGUAGCAGCCUUAGUAAUACCCAGGUCCAAACCUGUUGGUUUGCUCCCACACUUGUGUCAAAAAGCGCUUGUUUGGCUUCCCUGGUGGCGCAGUGGUUGAGAGUCCGCCUGCUGAUGCAGGGGUCACGGGUUCGUUCC